ACUGUCAUCAUUUCACGCUUCUUCAUAAACAUUCUCCUAAUUCUCUAUACUGCACUCAUGGUGCUCAUAGGAAAUCUGUUCCCUCUAUUGCUAUUGGGUUUUCUGUUUGUGCAGUACUCAUGCAUGUUUCAAUUGAUCCAAUCUUUAAGCAAUUUUACUGACCAAUCUGCUCUCAUUGCAUUUAGAUCUCGAAUCAGUUCUAGUCCAAAUGAAACCCUCUUGGCUACUAACUGGUCCACCGCACCAAACUCGAUCUGCAAUUGGAUUGGGGUCUCGUGCAAUCGACGUAGGCAAAGAGUCACUGCUUUGCACCAUUCCUACAUGGGUCUCCAUGGCACCAUUUCUCCUCAUAUUGGUAACCUCUCAUUCCUAGUCUCACUUGAUCUUUCUAACAACAGCUUCUUUGGUUUUAUUCCGCAAGAGAUCAGUCGUCUACAUCGCUUGAGAAUACUCUUGUUGGAUUCCAACCAAUUGGAAGGAAGCAUCCCUCCUACUAUUCAGAAUUGUCGAAAGCUUCUCAAGGUAAGUUUUGGCAUGAACCAUCUUAUUGGUACAAUUCCAUCGUCCCUCGGCAACCUGUCCACAUUAAAGGUCUUGGAUUUGCAGGACAAUAGUCUCACUGGUCCACUUCCUUUAGUCAUCUUUAACAUAUCUUCUCUAAACGUUUUUGCUGUUACGUCUAAUCACGUCUUGGGAGCUCUUCCGAAUGAUCUUUGUAGCCACUGUCCCAAUCUUAGAGGACUUUAUUUCUCUUAUAACAAAUUUGGCGGUCAGCUCCAUUCUCAAUUUAAUAAUUGUGGGGAGCUUGUAAUUUUAUCUUUGUCAUUCAAUAAAUUCGAUGGGAGUAUUUCAAAAGCUCUAAUUGGCAGUUUGCAAAAGCUUGAAGUCCUAUAUCUUGGAACUAACAGUUUCACCGGUAUCAUACCUUCUACCAUAUGUAAUUUGUCAAGGUUGCAAGAAUUUGGAAUUGAGCAGAACCACAUCCAAGGAAGCAUUCCGACUGAUUUGUGGCAUCUUUCGAAAUUAACUUCUUUGUAUUUGGGAAGGAAUAACUUCAAAGGGGCGGUACCUCAAAAAGUCUUCAACCUUUCUUCUUUAAAACUUAUCUCCUUCCAGGAAAAUUCCCUAUCUGGUUAUCUUCCAUCACUAGAUUCGGGGCAAUCUUGCCCUAAUCUUGAAAUAAUCGCACUUGGUAUCAACAAACUCAGUGGUCAUAUCCCAUCCUAUCUUUCGAAUUGUUCCAAUCUCAUCGUUGUAGACUUUGCUGGAAACUUCUUCUUCGGACCAAUUCCCAAAAGUCUUGGAAACUUGAAUUACCUCCGACAACUUUCUUUGGGUGGAAAUCAAUUAAUAGGCGGAGUGGCUAGAGAUCAAGAGCCGAAUUUCAUUUCAUCUUUAUCCAAUUGUAGAUCUUUGAGAGAUUUAGACAUAAGCUAUAAUCCAUUGGAUAUAAUAAUUCCAGAUUCCAUUCAAAACUUUUCGGCUUCCAUUCAAAUCUUUGUUGCAAACAAUUGCCAAAUAAGGGGUCAUAUUCCUAUGGGAUUGAGUUUUUUGAAAGGCUUGAGCUGGCUUGAUUUGGGAGGUAACAAUUUGAUUGGAAAUAUCCCUUUCACAUUCGGUGGUUUGGAAAGAUUACAAAGAUUGCAUCUUUACAGUAACAGGAUUGAAGGAUUGAUUCCACAAGAGAUAUGCCAAUUAAGGAAUUUGGGAGAGCUAGAUCUCUCAAUCAACAGAAUCUCUGGAGUCAUCCCAAAUUGCAUUUCAAACCUCAAUCUACUAGUACAGCUAAACUUGAGUUUUAAUAAACUCAAAUCGUCAAUACCAUUAAAUAUAUGGGGCCUCGAAAAUCUAUUUUUCUUGGAUUUGUCAUCGAAUUCCCUUAGUGAACAUUUGUUUUCGAACAUGACAAAAUUGGACACUCUCGAAUAUCUGAAUUUGUCAAGAAAUGAAAUUACUGGAGAAAUUCCAAGUAUCAUUGGAUCAUUUGAAAGCUUGAGGUAUCUUGACUUUUCAAACAACUCCUUUCAAGGAGGCAUUCUGCAAUCUUUUGGUAACUUAAAAGGGUUAGAUAUCUUAUAUCUUUCUUACAACAAUCUUUCUGGUGUCAUUCCUAAAUCUCUUGAGGCACUUCCAUAUCUCAAAUACUUGAAUUUAUCUUUCAACAAGAUAGUAGGAGAGAUUCCAUCCGGUGGUCCUUUUGUGAACCUCACGGCGGAAUCAUUUUCAAGAAAUAGUGCACUUUGUGGGAAUCCAAUUUUGGGAGUUCCACCUUGUCCAACGAUUCCUACUUACCAACAAUCAAAGAUGAAAAAUAUUUUGAUCAAAUGUAUUCUUCCUGUGAUUGCGUCAAUUAUAACCGUGGUAAUGUUGGUUUAUUUGUUGAGAAGACUUCGGAAGAGUAACAUGGAGAUACCGACUUCACUUAAUGCAUUUCCUGCAUUGGAACAUAGAAUGAUAUCAUAUCAAGAGCUUUGCCAAGGGACAAACAACUUUUGUGAAAGCAACUUGCUUGGAGUCGGAGGUUUUGGCUCUGUGUACAAAGGAAUACUUUCUGAUAGGACAAUUGUUGCAGUAAAAGUUCUAAGUUUGCAAUUGUCGGGUGCUUUCAAAAGUUUUGAUGCAGAAUGCAAGGUGUUAUGUACGAUUCGACAUAGAAAUCUUGUUAAGGUCAUCACUACAUGCACUAAUCCCGAGUUUAGAGCGUUGGUGCUAGAAUACAUGUCGAACGGUAACCUUGAAAAAUGGUUAUACUCUCAUAACUACUGCUUGGAUCUUCUACAGAGAAUAAAUAUUUUGGUUGAUGUUGCGUCAGCCUUAGACUAUCUCCACCAUGGUCAGACGGAAUCUAUAUUACAUUGUGAUUUGAAGCCUACAAAUAUCCUUUUGGAUGAGGGCAUGGUUGGACAUGUGGGUGAUUUUGGCAUUGCAAAGAUUUUAGUCAAAAACAAAGACGCAACAUACACCAAAACUCUUGGUACCAUUGGCUACAUCGCACCAGAAUAUGGAUUUGAAGGGAAGGUAUCCAUCAAAACCGAUGUCUACAGCUAUGGCAUAACAUUGUUGGAGAUGAUCACGAGGAAGAAACCCACAGAUGACAUGUUCGCUGGAGACUUUACUUUGAGGCAGUUGGUAAAUGCAUCCAUUCCAGAUAGAAUGAUGGAAGUUGUGGAUGAAGGUUUACUAAGAAUAGAAGAUGGAAGAGACACCAUUGCCUUGCAAAGUAUCCUUUCAUCAAUCUUGGACUUAGGCUUGAGGUGUUCUGAAGAAUUACCAGAUACAAGAAUGGAUAUCAAAUACGUGUUGGUCAAGCUUAAUAAAAUCAAGUCGACUUUCUUUGAGAACAGAAACAGGGUUACUAGACAUACUUGACCUUAACUAAUUUGUUUCGCAUGUUUUAUGUCUUUUUAAUAUCGUGAAGUAAUUAUGAGUGGUAUGUAUGCAACAAGUUUGUAUCAACAUUUAUGCUUAAAGUAAUGGCUUGAGACUCUACUCUUCUUCC